CAUGGGCAUCACCUCCAUCAGCCACCCUGAGCCUGCUGGAGUCAGAUGAGCAGCAACUGAAGGGGAUGAUCACCUGAGUCCCUUCUCUCUGCCAUGGGCGCUCAAUGUUGUAAGUCUGAAUCUGAAAUCAAUCAAUUUGAGGAAGAGAGGAAACCGAAGUCCAAGAGCAGUUUGAUCGUAUCUGUAAUUGAAGAAAAUGAAAUUAUUAAAAAGAAGAAGAAACUAAAGAAAAAGCUAAAGAAGAAAAGAACUAAAGCAGCCGUUAAGCUCCAGGCCUGGUGGCGUGGCACCCUGGUGCGCCGGACCCUGCUACACGCAGCCCUCAGAGUCUGGAUCAUCCAGUGCUGGUGGCGGCUGACGCUCUGGAAGAUCCUGGAGAAGAAGCGGAGGAAAGCGCUGGUUGAAUUCUCAAACAAGGAGAGAGCGGUCGUCAAGAUCCAGUCUCUGAUUCGGAUGUGGCGCAUCCACUGGCGGUACUGCCAAGUCCUCAGUGCCAUCUACAUCAUCCAGGGCCACUGGAAAUACCACAAUUGCCAGUCCUGCUCCCUCCUGCGGGGCCACUGUGUGAUCACGACCACUCACCUACAGUUCCACAUUGAAAUCAUCGACCACUGAGGACUGAGUAAAAGGGACGCUCAGCCUUCGGUCCCCAGUAAAGAUCUAAAUGGUU